UGUGUGUGUGUGUGUGUCCGUCCGUUUGAGCACCCGACUUCGUUCUCUUGCUCCCUAUCCCUCUGUUGUCUCUUCCUCUUUGUGUGACUUGAGGUCACGCGCGUGUAUGCAGUGUGUGUGUGUGUCUGUCCUUGUCUCUGGCCUCUCUGAGCCUGUGUUCAUGUCUGUCUCUCUCUCCCCCUCUGUCUCUCAGUGUCUCUCCCUGUCUCUGCGAGCGUCUCUGGGUCCCCGGCUGUUCGCGGCAGGGCCGGUCCGGCAGAGCAGCGGAUGUGCGAGGGCUGAUUCGGGGGCCGACAGGAAGCCCGCCACCUCGCCUGCUGCCUGCCAGUCUCGGUGGCGGCGGCGGUGGCUCGGGCAGGUGUGUGGGCUCAGGAUGAGGUGGCCGCAGUGAGGAGCCCCCCGACUCUCAGCGCUGCAGGGCGCGUGGCCAGGAGCAGACAUGAAUGUGGAGAGCGAGCUGCUGUGGCCCUGGGUGGCCCUGCUGCUGCUGCUGGGGACUGUGGCCGGCCUGUGCGUGCGCUGCUCCCGCCCAGCCGUGAAGAAGUCUGAGAAGAUCUAUGAGCAGAGGAGCCUCGGAGCUCCAUGUUUUCCCAGGGAGGAGAAUCAACAGAACUUGGCGCUGGCCCGGACCUAUUCUUUGAUCAGGCAGGCCUGGCCCGGGCCCCUGGCGGACGCAGACUCUGACAUAGCGCCAACAAGGAAGGACAAGCUGCUGAGGUUCUCCCCCAGCCUUGAGGAUUCUGAGUCCUCCAGGUACCAGAACUUCAGCAAAGAGAGCAGACAUGGAUCCAGAUCCAGAUCCGAUGCAGCCUACGUAGAACCCAUCACCACGGACUAUUACAACUGGGGGCAGAUCCAGAAGCCCAGGGAAGAUGACGAUGAUGACGAUGCCAAUUCCUACGAGAACGUGCUCAUCUGCAAGCCGAAGGACCCCGAGUCGGGCGACGAGGGAUCCGAGGAUUACCAGAACUCAGCAUCCAUCCGGCAGUGGCGGGAGUCCAGGAGGGCCGCGGAGCGAGUCCCGAGGGAAGAGCCCCUGUCCCUGGCAGGCAGCCCAGAUGAGGACAGCGAGGACCCCGAUUAUGUGAAUCAGAAUGUGGCAGCCACAGAAGUCUAGGAAGGAUCUGGAAGGAAGGAGCCGAGGGAACCACCAGGCUGAGGGCUAUUUCCUGCCUCCCCCGGGCUCACUUCUCUCUCCGGAGCUGCCCAACCUCGACACCCCCCACGGUUACCCCUGGGAGAUGCACUGAGGCGUCUGGAGGCCCGUCCAUCAGGCCAUGGGGGACCAGCUGGGGGAAGGACAGUUACGCGGCGCAUCAGGCCCUGGCCCGGCUUCUGCGGGAGCCCGAGGCUGAGGGCAGCGUGGCUUCUGACCUGAUCCGAUGCCCGAGGGUCAGGGCAAGCUGCAUCCCCGUCCCCAUGUCUGAAAACACUGUGUCGCUGGUAUUCCUGUGCCUUUUUGCUUUGGACUCGGGUUCCAAAUUGCUUACUAACGUCAUUGCUGGGAUCUUUUGCCUGAUCCAUAAACUUGUACAGUUAAUUUAUAUCGGUGGAACCAUAUUUAAUAAUCCACAUCUCCGGGUACAGAGUCUCGUCUGUCUCGUCUCCUGUGAGCAUUACACAUCAUUUCAGCAGAGAGGGGGAGCCCCCGCGCUCCAUUCUUUGGGCCUCAGUUCACUUGGAAGAGAUGAGGCUACAGGACACCUGGGUGCCCUUCAGUGGGAACAUCUGCCGUGGGCAAAGCACACCGUUUCUGGAGCAGCAGCAAGGAGUGGCUGAGUGGCACCCCUCUGUUGUCCCCAAAUCCUCCCCAGCCCCAGGACUGGACUCGGCUGAGCUGAUUGAGCAGGAACACAGCUGUCUCAUGGGAAGUCCAGGGGCCCAAAGGGAACUUCUGAGCCAGAAAAGCCACAGCCGGAGAAGCAAGAUGUUUCCUCCAACUGAAACAUCUCAAUAAAGCAUUUUCUAAGACUAGCAA